AAACAAUAGAAUUUUGCAAGAUAAUAGAGUAGUUUUGUUUAAAAUGACUAGCGCACUACAAAAAGAGCCUGAGUUCAAGACUCAGGAGCCUGUCAAAGCUCAAGAAUUUGACAUAACGUUUUUAAACGAGCAAGAAGAAAAAGGCAAGCGAAAUAUUUCAGAAAUGGCCCGACUAUCUACACCAAAGCCUAUCAUGCACUUGGGCUCAUCAACCGAGUUUCAACGUCCAUCUCCCGAAUCAAGCAGUGUUCCGAAAAGCAGGCAUUCCCGAUUAAGCAGCGGCGCUGGUCUGUUCAAGCCUUCCACAGGUUUGAACGCUCGACAUAGACCAAUGACGGGUGCGGAACCGCCUGUUAAUAGACCAAUGACAGCUGUCAGAGGUGCCGGGUACACAUCGUCACAUGGUGGAAGGAGGACACCGUUUGAUCCCUUACAUGAGGGAGCUCAAGGACGUAACAACAUCUCAGAGCUAGAGCUGCAAAAGGAUGACUCACCUGAAGAAAGAAUCAGACAACAAGAAUCUAAGAUCAUGCAGCUGAUAGAAGAGGCGUGCAUCGCGCAGGCUAGAGGAGAAAACAAAGUGGCCCUUACGAAGGCUAAAGAGGCUUCAAACAAAGAAAGAAGCCUAAUCCGAAUGCAAGAACAAUCUGGAAUGGGCGAUCAUCACAACAUUGAUCUGACUUACGCGGUACUCUUCACCCUAGCCAACGAAUAUGCUGCUAACGAGCUCUAUUCGGAAGCGCUAAAUACUUAUCAAAUGAUAACGAAAAAUAGAAUGUUUCCUAAUGCGUACAGAUUGAAAGUGAACAUGGGAAAUAUCUAUUUCAAACAAGGGCAGUAUCAAAAAGCUGUAAAGAUGUUCAGGAUGGCUCUGGAUCAAGUGCCCUCUAGUCAGAAAAGUUUGAGGAUAAAAAUUAUGCAUAACAUCGCCCUGGUUUUCAUCCAUACUGGCCAGCUAGAGGAAGCCCUUGGUGGUCUGGAAUACAUAAUGAGCGAAGCGCCUUCCCACAGAGCUGGCCUCCAUUUGGUAGCAUGCUGUAGAGCCACAGAGGAUAGAGAAAGGAUGCGUACUGCUUUCGCGCUGCUUUUGGCGGUACCGCUGGAUGUUGAAGAUGAAGAGAAAUAUAAUUUGGAUCAGGACUCGCCUGAGGAUGCUUUGAUAGCGACAGCAAUCCAAAAUGAUGAUCUACAUCAGUACGAAAUAAAGAGACGACAAGAUGCAGAAUAUUGUAUUUUGACAGCAGCGAAACUCAUUGCUCCAUUCGUUGAAGAUAAUUUUAGUGCAGGUUACGACUGGUGCGUAAACGCCAUCAAAAACUCCGAGUAUGCCAGAUUAGCAGCAAAUCUGGAAAUCAACAAAGCCGUUAUGCACCUGAAAGAGGAUCAGCUGACUGAGGCAAUUCAAGCACUGAAAGCUUACGAAAAGGACUCUAAUAUUGUUGUUAGUGCAGCCGUCAACUUGAGCUUUAUAUACUACUUGCAAGGCGACUACGACAAUGCUCUAAAGUACGCGGAAAUUGUCAAGAAAGUAGACGUGAAAGAUGCUAACGCUUACGUCAACUAUGGAGCCUGUUUGUUGGAAAAAGGGCAACUGGAUGAAGCUGUAUCUGCUUUCGAGAAGGCUUUGGAAUACGAGCCGACUCACUUCGAAGCUAUCUACAAUUUAGGUCUUGCUCUGAAGCGUGCCGGACACUAUGACGAAGCGAUGGACUGCUACCAACGCUUCUCUGGUUCGCUAGCCCUUCUGCCUGCGGUGGCUUACCAAACGGCCGAUACUCUGGCCCUUCUUGGAGAUGGAGAUGCAGCUGUGGACGCCUUUCAUCGUUUGUUGGGUCUGACAUCGUCAGACGCGGCAGCGCUGAAGAAACUUGGGGAAUUGUGUGACAGAUUGGGAGAUAGGAGACAGGCGCACCAUUGGCACUCAGAGUCUUUUAGGUUCUACCCCGCCGAUCUAUCGGUGAUUGAUUGGCUUGGAUCGUACUACAUCGAGAUGCAGGUGGUGGAAAAGGCUUUAGUGUAUUUCGAAAAAGCUGCAAUAAUGCAGCCUAAUGAGCCAAGAUGGAACAUGAUGGUAGCUGCAUGCCACAGACGCAGCGGAAACAUGCAUAAAGCGUUAACACUCUAUCAGGAGAUUCACAAACAGUUUCCUGAAAACGUGGAAUGUUUGAAGUUCCUUGUUAGGCUGUGUACCGAUUUAGGCAUGAGAGAAGCGCAGGAUUAUAUUGCCGAGCUCAAGAGGCUGGAAAAAGCUAACGAAAUAAGAGAAAGAGUGGGGAGCAGUAGACCAGGUUCACGUAAGAGCAACAGUGGCUUAUCAUCUAGAGCUGGAUCAGGUUUUACACCGGUUCCAGAAAAUGUGGUGAUGUCCAGUCCUCGAAAUUCGGCGAAUAGGAACUUGAGAUCCAGACUCAUUCAAUCUCAUAACAGUGCCAGCAGUAACGAAUCACUAUACGGACAACAGACAGCUGAUGCAAGUUAUUCUGAUCCACUCGGACCACAACCUGUAAGACCAAGAACCGGCGCCGGCAGACCGUUAGAUUUUGAUGAUUUCGCAAACGAAGAGUUAGGUGAUGAUCUGUUGCCAGAAUAAACCUCUCUAAGACGAGUGCACAAUGAAUAAUAUAAGUUCGACAAAAUAUUUAUCUAGAGUUACAUUACAAUGAAAGAAGCUAUAAUAAAAUAUGAAUAUUUU